CGCUGGUUGUGCCGCCAUUGCCUUGCACAAACUGUACCGUCUUUCCACAGCUCGCUAGUCCGUAAUACAAUCCAACCCUCUCACCGAACGCUCGAAAUGGCAGCCACCACGACAAUCAAGGUUCCCCACCUCGGCGGCAUCACUGCCGGCUACCGACUCUCCGGUGACGCUGUCGAUGCCAGCAAGCCCACCGUUGUCCUCGUCAACUCUAUGUGCACCACGUCUUCACUCUUCAACGCCCAGUUCGAGAGCAAGACGCUCACCGAUGCCGUCAACCUCCUCGCGAUUGAGCCGCUCGGCCAUGGCGCCACCAGCUGCCCCCAGGAGCACUUCACCUACUGGGACUCGGCCCUAAUGUCGCUCCAGGUCAUGGAGGCAUUGGGUGUCCAGAAGGCAUUCGCGUUGGGCACCAGCCAGGGAGGCUGGAUCGUCACUCGCAUGGCCCUGUUGGCCCCGGAAAGGAUCCUUGGUCUCCUGCCCCUCGGCACCUCAAUGGACUACGAGUCGGCCGCAUCUCGCGAGAAGGGCUGCUGGGAUCCCAAGACCCAGCUCAUCUCCUUCUACGAGAGCUGGGGCAGCGCGGAGCCGACGCCGGACUUUGUUGUCGACGAGAUCUGGCGAGGCCUGGUCGCUUCGGUCGGCUUCGGCAGCACCGUCACCCCCGAGACGCUGGCAUUCUGGCACGCCACUCUGAAGGACGUUUACAAGGGCGACGAGGGCCGAAAGAAGCUGCGGGUAGCCGUGGCCUGUCUUUUGGAGCGAGACGGACUGAUGCUUCGUGUACGAGACAUCAAGUGCCCGGUUUACUGGCUCCAGGGCACCGAGGAUCCCGUUUUCGGCGUGACUGUGCCAGCUGAGCAUAUCAAGCUGUUCACGUCGUCCCCCGAGGCCACGUUGACUUUUGUCGAGGGCGGUGGUCACUAUUUGAGUGCGACCAGCCCUAAAGAGAUUGAGGAGGCGCUGUUGAAGAUAGUUGCUAAGUAUGCUUGAUAUCUACAACGCUUUGGGUGGCAUUUUUCAAGCGAAUCAGACAAUACUCAGGAUAGAUAUUGAUCAUUGCGAUUUUGAGCACUACAGCACCCUUAUUUAUUCUCUUGUCCCUUGUUCCCUUGGAAUCAUCUGAA